AUGACGCUCCGCACGACAACCGACCUCUUCCACAGUCAGGUGCUGCUGCCGCUCCUGCCGCUCCGCCACGAACGAAUCCCUUGCAGAUCUGCGAGGGCACAGCAGGAGGACUUCAAGCGCAAGAUGGGCUUGCUAACGACCGCAUGGAGCCAGGAGGCCCGCGCCAAGUUUGAGAAACAAAUGCACGUGAUCAACACUGCGAUGCGGGAUCACUUCUUUCAGUUUGCCUGCUUUAACCAGUCGUUCAUACGGACACUCUGGCUUGGGUCGUUUCCAGGCAUUGUCGACCUGCCCGACAAUCUCUUGUCGGACCCAGCCGCAUGGCUGAACAGCAAUACAAUAAAGGGUGCCAUCACUACGAAGGAGGGCCGUAACAACCAUAUUGUCGGCCAAUACAUCGACGUCAUCACCCGCGGCAGCGGAAAAAUAGAGCAGCUCCAGCGCUGCCUCGAUCGAGCUCUCCAUGACGUGGAUAUAGGCGAUACGGGAAUUGCCAGCCAAGCGCCGCUGAAGAAGUACGCCUGCGUCUUCGCCUCGCGUCCGGGAGUCGCACUCAUCAUCGCCGCGUACGCGGACAAGCACUGGGCGAGCCAGUGGGAGGUUGUCCUGGUGCUCUCGGCGGCCACCGCAGACGGGAAGAAGGCCAUCGAAUGUGCUUUCCGAGACAUUCCGAUUGGCUGCCCGGCAAAGCCCACGCUCUUCAUUGCGACUGUCGGCACCUGCGGCACCGGCCUCGACAGCCUCAAGAAGGCGAACCACGCCAUCCUCUUUGACCUGCCGUUCGUCGAGUCCGAUUCGAAGCAGGCCUGUGGCCGCGUCUGGAGACGCGGCCAGCGGUUUCCUUGCUACUGGACCGAGCUCUAG